CUAGAUUAUUUUGUAUAUCCUGUUGAUCGUAUUGGGUGAUUAUCUCAAGCCCUCGGGUCUAACAGUUCCUGUUGUUGCACACUUUCUGUUCAAGCGGACCACGUAUGCGCAGGAAAGCGAGCCUAGCAUGUAAAAAUGCCUCUGGCUAAAGAUCUCCUCCACCCAACUAUUGACCAUGAAAGAAGACGGCAUAAAAAGAAAAGACUUGUUCAGGCACCUAACUCUUACUUUAUGGAUGUGAAGUGCCCAGGCUGUUACAAGAUAACCACGGUGUUUAGCCAUGCACAGACAGUGGUUCUCUGUGUGGGAUGUUCUACUGUGUUGUGCCAGCCAAAAGGAGGAAAGGCCAGGCUGACAGAGGGUUGUUCUUUUAGGAGGAAGCAACAUUAAAAAGGGAUUGCACACUUCACAUCUGUAAUUAAGCCAUGCUCUUUUGAUCAUUUAUCUUUUCAUUAAUUCUCAUUGACAAGUUCUGUCACUGUCCAGAUGUUCAACUUUUAUGAUACAUUUGUAAACUAACAGAAUUUUUAAAUCUGUGGGAUUGUAAAAGUGAAAUCUCUACAAGUCAAUAAAGAAAGCUGUUAUAAAAGUUGA